AUGCCGUCUCCCAAGCAGCAGCAGCAGCUACAGCUCGACAGCAAAUGGGGCCGUAACGACCUAACACCUCACCUCAGAAAACCCACGUCAGAUUUUUUUCCCGGCCACGUUGACGUCUGGGAACAGUUCGGAGGGGAUGAGCAUCACCUUCAACACAACCAAGCUCCGAAGCAACGUAAAGCUAGCGUCGCCUGGUCAGAGGAUUUUGCUUCUGGUCUAGGCACAGAUUACGACAACUUUUCAGUCCCGCCCUUCUCCAGCCCCAAACCAGGGUACGAUAACUUGCCAGACACCAUUCCUCUGAACGACACUCUACAAGGGUACGUUGGACAGCUGCCUACGGUGGACUUCUCGGAGACAGCUUCGGUCUUCACUGCACGUCGAAGCUCGCCGGCUGGGGAAGACGGUGAAGGCGAUGAGGAGUUUCUGAUCGAAGACAAUAUCGGGAACCUUGCAACCCUUGCUGAGGGACUAGUUGACCCCUACAGUCUUCCAAAAGAUCCAAAGCAGCCGACUGCUGAUCCUGAGAGCACAACUAUCGAUCCAAAGUGCAGUCACAAGCAAGGGUCUCAUCAAGAGGAGUUUGAGCAUUUGCUCUCUGAUGCCGCGUGGGAGGAAAUUCCAGCAUUGAAAAUCGUCAAGUCUUCCAAAGCAGAUGACUCGAACUUUGACACUGUGGAACUCGGCCAGAGCGAGAGUCGAGCACAGGCACUCGAAGAUCGCAUCAGCUGUUCAGGGGAAGGCGACCGCGCCAAUAACCCGGGUCAGUCGAAAGCUGUCGUCCAGGUCGACGGCAAAGAGAAACAUCACCGCCAGCUUCGAUCUUCGGGUUUGGAAGUAGCCGAUAGCUCUGUUCAGAAUUCUGAGCCAAGGCGAGCUUCUCCAGAAGCAGCUCAAUUACCCCAGAAGCAUUGCUCACAAGACAUCAAAAUGAAAACUACUCCCGAACAGAUUGACAGCCCCCCUGAAAUGAAGAGCGGGAACCUAAGCAGCAUCAAGCGGAAACAGCGUCCCAAGCCGCCAUUGCAGUUCAACAACGCCUCACAGGUUACUGCGGGUCAGCCACAAGCUAAACCCUCGAAGCCUCCGGUGAAAGACGUUUCACGCCAUCGUGCCUCCAAGCUUCGCCAUCGGGCAGACUCACCCGUCGCUGGUCAGGGGACCAAUCCCGCUGAUUCCAAGCCAUUGAAGAAGCCUAGGGCCAAAGAGGCGAAAUCUUCUACCACGACAAGCCGGCGGAAAGGCCCCAAAAUGGUGGGAAAGUCAGCUUCAGUCAAGGAGACUGUGAAGGUCAAAGACACACUGGUACUGAAGGCUGAUAGCGAGGCUUCCAAGGAAUCAUCUCAUGUGCCAGAGCUGCCACCCACUUUGCUGCCCGAACCCCAGCAUAACGACAUGCUGCCGCCUUCCAUCGACACUCCUCAAACGAACGUGCGGACACGAGGUCAAGCUGCUGCUGAAGCUACUCGUACUCAACACGACGCGGCGGCGGAGCAAGCUGUGGCUGUCACGGUUGAUACCACUCAUACCACAGCGGGCGGCAAGCGGUCAGCGGAAGCCAUCGAAUCUCCACCAGAAACUUUGAGCAGUCCGAUGAUUGAGGACACAUAUGCAGACAAUCAAAUCCUCAGCGAUCCGGCCUCGCCCACUGACAGUCCCGCGGUACCCAACCCGAUCGAGGUGCCAAGUGUUCCCGCAGUGGUGGUCGCGGAGAAGACAAAGACAGAGACUGCCCAAGAUGAUGGCCCCAAUCCCACUGAGAUUACAACGGCCAAGCAGUUACCCGCUGAGAAAGAUGGAAAGUCUGUGUUUGAGGAUGUUAUUGCGAUCGAGAGUGACACAGCUUCCGACUCCGUCGUAUCACAUGAUGACGAUCAGUCCCUUUCACUCGAGACUAAAAACGCCAAACCGCAGGCUUCAUGCCAAGAAAUCAAACUACAUGACGAGCACCACGAUGGCGACAACAGUGUGAGGGAGGUCCGACACGAUGCCGAAACCGGGUCCUUCCUGUGCGAAGAUUCGACAACCCUGGUCCAAACUAGAAUCACCCCGGAUAACCCCCGGCCACAGAGAAGAAAGGUGUACCAUCAGAGCACUGGUGACCAGACCGCAAAAGCCGGGCUCAAUACAAAGCAGCAUGUGGAGUCAACGGGCAUUACGUUUCCGACGCUGAGGAAAAGGAUCAAUGAACAACAGAUGGUUACUACCAAAGACAUCAGCAAGCAGCUUCUCGCACCAGAUCCGGGAGCCAAAGCGGUCAAGAGUCCGAAUAACUUCCGCGAAUUUGCGAGCGCUCGAGUUCGCCAAGGAAAUGUCGACGCAGAGAAACCUUUUGUGAAACCAAAAAACAUGUUGCCUCUGGUUCAGCACGAGGAAACAGCCCAGAAGAAUCUGCGGCCACUACGUAAUAAAAUUUUCGAAGAGAGCUCUCUACGCCAGGUUCGUCAGCUCCCAAGGCUCAAGAGUAGAUCUGUCAGCAUCAACGAAGACGGAAGCCCCAGGCCCCUUCUUCAGCCUGGAGAUAUCAGAGUCGCACAAGUGGACUACGAUCACGGAAGAGGUGAAGAUGAUAUGGGGACAGACUCACUGCCAACCCGGAGGCGCUCAAGCAAGAGAUUACUGUUUCACAAGUCCACGAAGAGCGGCCAGGCGCCUGUCGGGCUUGUUGGUAAAUCCAAGCCUGCAGUGGUUGGCAUUGUGGGCGACGAAUCUUCGGGCUCGCAUCUAGCACGCGGCCUCAAGCGAAAGGGGCCUUGCACAGACGAUGCUAGACCCUUGAAGAAGACUUUGCAACAGAACCUGGAAGGUGUCUACCUUCGCAAGCCGCGAAGCACGACAAGCGCGGACGGUGGGGAGUGCACAGACGAAGAGCAGACCUUGGUGAACACGCCAGGAACGGAAAUUGCGCACCAACUUCACAGUGUAGUCAAGCUUCUCACAACACGCUUAGACAGUGCUGCCAAGGCUGUUGAUGAGGUCAUCGAUGCUUAUGACAAGGGGACCUUGAACUGUCUCGACAGAAUCGACCAACGUAUCACAAAGGAGUUCGAGGCUUUGGGCCACGAGUGGGAGUCUGACGCCCGCACUUUUUCCCGCGUUGCGAAAGACAGGAAGGCCACUGUUGUGAGUGGCAAUCAGUCACGCAGAGAUACCGCCGGCUUCUUCAAGUCUGUAUCAGGUGAUCGUCAACAACUUUACGCCCAAGCCACCCAGACCUUGCGAUCAUUCCAGCGUCAGAUCCUUGAGGGUUGA